AGUAUUUAGCGCGAGUCUUGUGAGUCGUUAGCUACCAACCAAACAAGCAAUAAAACAUUUCGUUUCAAAUAAUUAAAGUUUCUUUUCAGUUAGUCGCAUUAACGCGUCAAUGCCUAAUUUGGUGUUUAGGUUUUUGAUGAAUGACACGAGAAGAAAUUCACUUAGCUAAUUAGCUAACCUACCUAACUUGGGUUAGCAUAGCUAGCUACCACGGUUUUUAGCUAGUUAGAGUUAGUUAACCGCUAUCUUAGAUUAGCUAUCGGUGUUUGUACUCCGCUGUUAUUGUCUACAUUGCUUCGGUUUGCAUUUCUGCUUAAUUUCCUACCAGCAGAGUAAAUAACAGCUCUAAUGAAACCUGCUCGAGGUUCCUCAAGAUCCUCAACUCGGGGUCCUAAAGCGAAAGUUCGAGGGGAAAGGAGGUUACCGCAAACCGGCAAAAAACCUUUGCCAAGUGGUCGGAAGACUCAAGAUAAGUCUAGGAAGAAUAACUUGCCUGCUGAGGUUCAGAAGGGACGGGAGAAAUGGAAGCCACUGGAGAAGUCCUCCAUUGUAGCUCUUGACACCAUGCUAAGCAUGUCAAUUCUGACUGCUCUCACACUGAGAAGAAAAGAGAAAGAGGAAUCACAGAAACACCUUAACUUACUGAAAGAACAGUUCCUAGCAAAAUGUUCCCAACUUCCUGUGCCUGUAAAGAAAUGUGGAAACAUGGUUCAAAUGUCCCGGCAGUUCCAGGCAGAGAGCCAGAAGCUUAAGCAAGGAAAAUCAGAAAUUGAGGCGUUUGAGGGGAGCAUCGGUGUAGUGGUAGGCAGACUAGAACAGCUGCAGCAAGAGAUGGACAUUCUAGAGGGGAAGUGCAGAGUAAUGAGGGCCAGAAUGGCGGAAGAGGAGGAACGUGCACAGGAGGAGCAGAUGUUGAAAAUGGUCUCCAAUCCCAAAGUGGUCAUGAAGGUACUUCAGAGUAAAGUCACUGGGACUGUGAGAGCCUUCCUGGAGCUGGCACAUAAGCACACAGAUAGACUGAUGACUCACCCGGCGACUACAAACACUGAAGACAUUGUUCUAUAAACCAUUUUUUUAACCAGUAAAAAUGUAAUUUUAUUGUUUUUCUUUUUCUUCAUUUUAAGUCAAUUACAUUUUCUCAUUUAUAUGAAGAGUAAACAGGUGACUGUAUAUACAAUUAGCAUUGACCUUGCAAUACUAACUUGAAGAGUACAAAUUUCAAGUUUUUCAAAAUCACAUGCAUAGGUCUGCCAGUAAAGCAUAUCAAAUCAGUAUUACAAUACAAAAUUAUAUGUUCAUUUUACUUCUGUUAUUGUUCUACUCCAUUGUAAUGCAAUUAUUGGUAUUAUAUGGCUUCUCUUGAAAUAAAUAAAAUGUCAUUUGA